UUCUGUUGUGGUGUGCUUGGCCGGAUGAUGUGUUUGAUCAACACGCGAGUUUAGCCUGAGAUAGUUUAGCUAUCAAUUUAGUAGAAAUUCGUAAGGUAAUACAAAUCUAGUUAGUUGUUUAGUGAACAAGUGAAUAACUUCACUUAUUAUUGUGCAAAGUGCUUCCAAUUAUUCUUACAAUUAAUAAUAAUGAAGGUAGACUCGCUGCCAGAAGAAUUCCCACCGAGCAAUAUCGAUAGCAAGCGCAAAGAAACUACCCACAUUUCGGCAUGGGCAGAUAAAGAUGAAUUUAUCUCCGUUUUCAACCGUAUCUUCGAGCCGAGCAAGGCUCCACAUGAAGCGAAAACGUCAGCUCUCGGGACCCUAAAAGUGUGGAAGAUACGCCAGGGCAGGCAAACGCCCGUCAGUGUCCUUUGUACGAUAACGAUUCUGGAGGCUCAGUUAUACGAUGAGAAGAAUUUGAGCCAGGAUGGGGCGUCUGGAAUGGCCCAUGAAGUUAAGAGCAUGUAUGCAGGGGCGUUUACCCGAUUUAUCAAUCAUCUGACAGAGUAUCGUCAACAGAGCGGUGCCGGAAACAAAGGCUCCAUGGCUAAUCGGGUGAAGGAAAUUGGAAUCGAGGGAUAUUUUGUAGAGCUUCGUCAUCUGUGUGCCCACAGCUCGAUGUCUAUUGCGGUGGACGUGUUUCGACGGUCGGCGGACUAUUGCAUGAAUUGGUUGAAGGUUUGCUACUGGAUGCGAGAAAAAGAUCAGAUUCAGAGCUGCGACAAGAAGCAGAUCAAAGGUGUUGGAUUGGGAGAUAAGUUUUGCAGUGAGCUAGAGUACAUAGCUAAAGUGUACGAUAUAACGACGAAGGCAAUCCACAAAGGAGCGAAAUCUUUGAGUGGAGCUGAAAAGGAUCUGACACCAGCUCAGUUCCAAUUUCUUCAGGAGCAUGUUCGAGCGAACAAGGUCGAUCAGCUAAACUCGGUAGUUUUCGAAGUUCUACGAUAUUUGUCGGAGAUAAUCCAGUUACCUAAACAUCCCGAAACCGUCCCGACAGUUUGCAACAUUUUUUUGGAAAGUUGUCAGUAUAUGUUCGAGGCUCCGGUCAGUGGCAACACGCAGGGCUUGGCAAACAUUCACCAGAGGUUUUUCCAAACGCUAGUGGCAAAAGGGUAUAUCCAGCUGUACUGGGAAAAAUUAAUGGAAAUUUGCGAGGAUGAGGAGGAAUCUGUUGUGCGACGUCAGGGCGCUAAAUUUUGGGCAACUGAAAUAGCCCUGGCAUUCCGUUUGCUCAAAAAGUUCAAGAAGAUUCUCCAAAAAGUGCCAGGAGGAAAGCCACAGUUUAAUCGAAAGGAAUUCACAAGGAAGAUGAGCAAAACGGUGCGUGCAAUCUAUCAGAAUAAACUGAGAGUGGAUUUGCACAAUACAGUUGUGCUAGGAAUGUCGGUCAACUGUCCAUGGCACCUGCGGCUUUCGCGAACCUACAUUAUGGCUAGGAUAAUGAAUGUCAACGCAUACACUAAGGAGAUAUUACCAAUUAUUCUCGCCCUUGCUGAACCACAUCUCUCGCUCAACCAGCGGGAAACGAUCGAAGCCGCUACGGAAAAGUACACCAUGAACUACCUAUCGGCACUGGAAGAUGGAGCUCCGGAUGUACCGGUUAGUUCCACCCCGAAACGACCCAGUGGUGGUGCUGCUCGGCGUCAUGAAAAGAUUUACACUUUGGAUGACGUUCUUCGACAAAGGAGCACCGACGGCAAUGACGAUGCACCUAGCGCAAAAAAGCCCAAACAGUUGGGUGUGUGGAAGGCCGUAGACAACGAAGACCUGGACUGGGGUAAGUGCCCACUCGGAAAACUUGUGUGGGAUUGAAAUGUUCUGCACUGCAGUUGGGGACAAUAAACGGUCCGAAAUGUAAAAGUAACAAGUGGAAAUAGUUCCUAAAACAAUCCCAAAUCCCUGUUUCGAAGACUUCAAUAUGGACAACUUCAAGUUUUAGAUUUAUGAUUUAUUAACACAAUUCGCUUUAUUUUGAUCUUAAAACAAUAGUCAAAUUUUUACGUACGCCUAACUUUAUAAAAACAACGAUUUUCAUCCUGUAUAAUUCUAUAAUUACACUUGUUUUUCAUUUUGCACAUAUUUACAUACAUAAAGUGAUUUGCCUAAAACAAGGAA